AUGGCUGAAGUCGGGGAGGACACGGGCGCCCGGGCCCUGCUGGCACUGCGCUCGGCGCCCUGCAGCCCGGUGCUGUGCGCCGCGGCCGCUGCGGCUGCCGCUUUCCCCGCGGCCUCGGUGCGGCAGAGCCCUGGGCCGGCCCUGGCCCGGCUGGAGGGCCGCGAGUUCGAGUUCCUCAUGCGGCAGCCUGCCGUCACCAUCGGCCGCAACUCAUCGCAGGGUUCCGUGGACCUCAACAUGGGCCAUUCGAGCUUCAUCUCUCGCCGCCACCUGCAGCUCAGCUUCCAGGAGCCGCACUUCUACCUGCGUUGCCUCGGCAAGAACGGCGUCUUCGUGGACGGGGCCUUCCAGCGCAGGGGCGCCCCGGCCCUGCAGCUCCCCAAGCAAUGUACCUUUCGAUUUCCUAGUACGGUUAUAAAGAUCCAGUUCACAUCUCUGUACCAUAAAGAAGAAGCUCCACCAUCUCCCCUUCGACCUCUUUACCCUCAAAUUUCCCCUCUGAAGAUCCACAUUCCGGAGCCGGAUCUCCGGAGCCUAGUCAGUCCCAUUCCUUCUCCUACUGGCACUAUCAGUGUUCCAAACUCCUGUCCAGCUAGUCCUCGUGGUGCUGGAUCCUCAGGAUAUCGUUUUGUUCAGAAUGUCACUUCGGACCUGCAGCUGGCUGCAGAAUUUGCAGCAAAGGCAGCUUCAGAGCAGCAGGCAGACACAUCUGGAGGGGACAGCCCAAAGGAUGAAUCAAAACCACCAUACUCUUAUGCUCAGCUAAUAGUUCAGGCUAUAUCCUCAGCCCAAGACAGACAGUUAACACUAAGUGGGAUCUAUGCCCAUAUCACCAAGCAUUACCCUUACUACAGGACUGCUGACAAGGGCUGGCAGAAUUCUAUUCGACACAAUCUCUCUUUGAACCGUUACUUUAUUAAAGUUCCACGUUCUCAGGAGGAGCCUGGAAAAGGCUCCUUUUGGCGAAUUGACCCAGCAUCAGAAGCCAAGCUAGUAGAACAGGCAUUCCGGAAACGGAGACAGAGAGGAGUUUCUUGUUUUCGAACCCCUUUUGGGCCUUUAUCAUCAAGGAGUGCUCCUGCUUCACCUACUCAUCCGGGGCUAAUGUCACCUCAUUCUAGUGGCCUACAAACCCCAGAGUGCCUGUCUCGGGAGGGCUCACCCAUUCCACAUGACCAUGAUUUUGGGUCAAAAUUAGCCUCUGUUCCAGAGUAUCGGUAUUCACAAAGUGCACCUGGGUCUCCUGUUAGUGCUCAGCCAGUGAUAAUGGCCGUUCCUCCCCGACCGUCAAAUCUCGUGGCCAAACCGGUUGCUUACAUGCCAGCUUCAAUAGUGACUUCACAGCAGCCUUCUGGUCAUGCAAUUCAUGUUGUGCAGCAAGCUCCCACUGUUACCAUGGUCAGGGUUGUGACCACAUCUGCUAAUUCAGCUAAUGGAUACAUACUCACCAGUCAGGGCACAGCAGGAAAUAGCCAUGAAGCAGCGGGUACAGUUUUGGACUUGGGCAGUGAACCAAGAGCUUUGGAAGAUAAACCUACAAUUGCAUUCGCGACAAUUCCAACUGCCAGUCGAGUCAUCCAGACGGUUGCCAGUCAGAUGGCUCAGGGAGUUCCAGGACAAACAGUUACGAUACUUCAGCCAGCAACACCAGUGACUAUUGGGCAGCACCAGCUCCCAGUUAGGGCAGUGACACAAAAUGGAAAGCAUGCUGUUCCUACCAAUAACAUCACUGGCAAUACUUAUGCCCUUACAAAUCCACUGCAACUUCUCGCAGCCCAGGCUAGCUCCUCCACUCCUGUCGUGGUUACACGAGUGUGUGAAGUGGGCUCUGAAGACCCUGCAACCUCCUCAGGGGAGCCAGAUGUCAAAAGACCUCGGUUGGAGGAACCCAGUGGAACUGUUGUGGCACAGGCAGGAGUGAUAACAUCUACAACCCCACAAGGGCAAGGAACCGGUGAAUGAAGUACCUGGGAAAGGAGCUGGAAUAUAGGUGGAGCAGAAGGUGCAUCAAAAGGAAUGGUAGAACAGAAGCAUAACUACCUAAACAGCCACUUUAUCUUUACAUGAGAUAGGAAAGACAGCUCCACAGCUCAUCAGAUCUCGAGGUGCCAAACAGAUUGGGAAAAGCUUCCAUCUACCUGUACCUGGAAUUCAGCUCAGCCUUUACUUUUGUUUUUCUCUUCCAUACCUUUUAGUUAAAAAAAAAAAAACAAAAACAAAAACAAAAAACAAAAAACAAAAAACCCACAUAAACAAAUACAGACAACUGAUUGUAUGACUGCUGGGAAUUUUUUUUUUUUUUCAGCACCUCCUGUCCUUCCCCAGCCUUUUUCUUCAAGAGGCUGGGGAAGAGAUUGCAGUUCAGUAUCUCAAGGAAUGUAUCACAAA